GGGACUCACUCGUUUCUUAUCUUCAAUGCCUCUUGAUUCUGAACUCCCUUAAAUCUGGGAGACACGCUAUAUUUUUGAACUACCUUAAGUCAUCAAGUCUUCAACUAAAGCUCACACCUGUUUCAAAUUCUACCACUUUCUAGUUAUCGAGAUGUCAUAUGCUAGCAUAAAGUGCAACCACCAGACAUGCCGACGCAAGGGAGUUAACUUAAAGAAGGCAGCCGAAGCAGGCACAUUUGAUCAGUUCAAUGAACAUUUGGAUCAUCUUGAUUCCAUUGUGGCACAAAAUGGAAACACAAUACUACAUAUUCAUCUUUCCUGUCAAAGGGAAAUAUCUACUGACUUUAUUAAGCAAGUAGUUGACAAAUGCCCGAGGUUGUUAUCGCAGGAAAAUCGUGACGGUAAUACUCCGUUGCACAUUGCAGCUAGUCAUGGGCAUACUGAUGUAGCGAAAGAACUAAUCAGGUUGGCAGAGGUCUUAUAUGAUGCAUUAGAUACACAGAGCGGAGAAGUGGCAACAGAGACCUCACAUGAUGCAGUAGAUACACAGCAUGGUGAAGUGGCAACAGUGACGUUUCAUGUGGUAGAUGCGCAGAGCGGAGAAGUGGCAAUAAAUGUCUUAGAUAAUAAAGCAGAUAUACAGAGCGGAGAAGUGGCAACAAAUGAUGCAUUAGAUACACAGAGUGAAGAAGUGGCAACAGUGACCUUAGAUACACAGAGCAGAGAAGUGGCAAUAGAGACUUUAGAUAAUGAAGUAGUUAUACAGAGCGGAGAAAUGGCAACAGAGAGGGCAAUGAGAGUAGUGAGGGAGAUGUUAAGGAAGGUAAAUAAAAAAGGAGAAACGGCCUUGCAUGUGGCAGCACGAAAUGGAAGAAGUCUGGGUGUUUUGAAAGCAAUAUUGAGCAAGGAAGAUCCUCAGUUCGCAUAUCCUGUUAAUAAAGAUAAGAAAUCUCCUCUUUACUUGGCUGUUGAUAGCACAUGUACAAAAAUAGUGGCUGAACUGUUAAAUAAUCCCAAUUCACAAUCUCUGGAUUAUGAUCGCCGUUAUGGCGAUUAUGGUGAAACUGUGUUGCAUACAGCAGUAAGACGAUGGGAUACAGAGAUAGUACGUAUGCUCUUGGAGAAACAGAGUAGUUUGGCUAAAAAAGAAGAUAAGCGAGGAAAGAUUCCACUUCAUUACGCUGCAUAUGAAGGUUCUAGCUCAAUGGUGGCAACUUUAUUAGAUAAUGAUGAAUAUAUUGCGAGUCAAUUACAGGUUAUGGAAGCUCUUCACAUUGCAGCCACUCAAGGCUAUAAACACGUAAUGAAUGAGAUUAUUUCUAGACAUCCAGACUGUUGUAAACUCACUGACACAGAAGGCAAAAGCGUUCUUCAUUAUGCAGUAUCCAGUAGAAAUGAAGAAGUACUGAAAGCAAUCCUUGAAGAGUCAUCAUUAAUUUCCCUCAUAAUUGAGAAAGAUAAUAAUGGGAAGACGCCUGUCCAUGUAUUCAAGGCUCUUAAUCAGCCUUUAUCUUCUUUCAUACUUGAUGGAGAUACCGAUGCCUACAUCCUUUGGAAGAAAUUAUACUAUAGUCGCGAAGAUUUUACCACAAAGAAUUCCAAAGAUUAUUUCAAAGUUACGAAACGUCGUCCGGAACGUAAAACAGAAAUGGAAAAAAAGAGAGAAGAAAAGUUAAUACUUCAAUUAGAAAAAGCCAAAGACUCACAUCUGUUGGCCGCAACACUUGUAGCAACCGUAACUUUUGCAGCCGCAAUCACCUUACCUGGUGGUUAUAUAAGUGAUGAAAAAGACUCAGGGAAAGGCACUCCCAUUCUGAUAAAAAAUUCAGCUUUUAAAGCAUUUAUUAUAUCAGACGCUCUAGCUAUGGCUCUUUCUACUUCUUCUGUCUUCAUAUACUUCAUCAUGGUGAUGCUAGGAUAUGGACCAAAAUACCACUGGUUACUAAAAACUGCCUUCAGGUUUAUCUUCCUUGCCAUGGGAGCAAUGGUGGUUGCAUUUGUUACAGGCACUUAUGCAGUUCUAGCACCUUCCAUGGGGCUUGCCAUUGCCAAUUGCGCCAUUGGUUUGAUCUUCUUUCUCUUAUUCUUUUAUAUCUACAUAAGGUUAUUAUUUUGUGAUGACGAUGAUGAUGAUGAUGAUGAUGGAAGGACUCUAACUCUCUCAUGGCUAAGUUUUGGAGGCCGGUGGUUGAUCGAUGAAAUGCCUCAAAAGCUGCUUGAUCUGGUCGAUGAAAUGAGUGAAAAGCUGCUUGAUUGGCGAGAUGAAAUUUGGGAUUGA